UAUUAAAUAUAAAGCACAUGGGAUCUCAAAAUUAUUUCAAGUAAAAUUCUCAUUGAAAUUUAAGGGUAGAGUCGUGUACAAACUCAGGAAAACUAAUCAUCUUUAAGAGAAACCUCGAAAUUACACAGAAUAAUGAGUUUGUAAAAUCAAGCAUCUUCCCAUUUGUUUUCUAACACCCCACUAUGACUGAUUACUAGAUCCCUUUCCAAAAGUACAUAUUUUAUUUGUAUGGGAGAAGUAAGGAAGAAAAGUUUGCCUCCCAGGCUUAGUGAAUAUUUUGGACGAAAUGGGAACUCUAGCAUCAUCCAUCAGCAGUGGCGAAAAAAAAGAAGACAAAUGUGGCACCCAAACGAAAGGCGAUUCCAAGAUGAAUAAUCAGACUCUAAGAACUAAAACUAUAGUAUGUGAAGAGGUAUUCCAUGAAAAUAGUGUUCCUUCUGAAGGAGAAGUGCUUGAUUAUGCCAAAAAAAUUGGUAUAGAUCCAGAACGUGAGCCUCACCUGUUGCCAAUUGCUCUCAAUGGUCUAAUGCAACCAUUGCCACAGGGCUGGAGACCAUGUUUUGAUGGUACACUCAAGCGGUGGUAUUAUUACAAUGACAUCACAAAGUCCAGUCAGUGGGAACAUCCUCUGGAUGACGUUUACAGGAAUUUAGUCAAGCGUGGCCGCAGUGAGGGCUACUGCUUGAUGGCUAAUGAUGAAGUGAAAAUACCAAAAGAAGAUAUAAAGAGUUUCGAGGACAUUUCUGAACAUUCAUCUGGGAAGGAAAAUAAGCUUGAUAAUUCUGUUAUGGAUUUAAAUGGAACAGACAAAGUGAAGGAUUCUUAUCCAAGAACUCAUCAACCCUUAUUAUUAAGGAGAAAACAAUUACAACUUAAUGUCAAUUCCCAGCAGUUUCCAUCUCUUCAUGUUGCUAAACUUAUUAGCAAAACUAGAAAAGAUGAUAUAGAAGAGAGAGGAGAAAGCAAAGUUUGUAGAAUGGCAAUAUGUAAGCUAGAGAACAGUCCUCCUCAUUAUGCUAGUCUUCUGUCAAAAGAAAACAACAAAACAUUCCAGCCACACCGAAGAGUAAAGACUCCAGUGCACACUCUUGCACCUCAAAAUCUAAGUGACACACAAAUCAAAGGGGCCAUUUUUUCCUCUGGCCCAAAAAAGUUAACACGUUCAAGCCCUAUUCAAGAUAUGAGCAAUCCAAGUGACUCUCCAAAAAAGAAACUGGUUAAAUUUACUGAUUUGGGACGUAAAUCUGAAGGCACUAAAUAUAAACUUUCAGAUAAUGAAAGUAGUUUGUCGGAGGAGGAAUUCGCCUUUGAAGAGAAGAAAGAAAAUUCCAACUAUCACGCUGAAAAAUUGAUAGAAAACAGUGGGGUUAAAAUGAUCAAAAAGUCAAUCAUACCAGAUGGUGGAAACAAGUUUGGCUCGGCAAAAAAUACAGUUACAAAACAUGGGGUGAACUGUAUGUUGGAUGAGGAAAGCGAAGGCAAAAUUGAGGAUGUAAGAAAGCAAAGAUUAUCAAAAAUGAGUCCAUCUGUCCAUUCCCCUCUGAAAAACAGCAUCAAAGAAGAGACGACAAAAGGGGAUUUGUCAGCUAGCGAUACCAACAUGAUGAACAUUUCAACAAGUUUAAGUAGCAACAGUACAAGUAAAAAACAGCUGGAUCCUGAAAUUGCUGACUUACGUGAUGCAAUAAAAAAUAUGGUCAACUUUGACAAUACAAAGUUAGACUUGGCAAGCUAUGUUAAAAAUAAGUCAAGCACAAAAUUAGCAAUGUUUGAAGAGAAACUUGCAAAGGAAAUUCAAGAAAAAUUGACUCAAUUAAAGAUGCAACAGAUUGAAAGAAUGAAUAAAUUCAAGUAUGAACUUGAAAAACAAGAAGAAUCAGAAAAAGGGAAACUCCAAAAAGAAAUAGAUAAUAAUCUAGAAAAUCUUAAGAUAAGUUUGAACAUAGAGAGAGAACUCAAAGAAAAGGAAAUAAGAAAUGAACACGAAAAAGCAAUGGGGGAGCUCAUAGGGAGGCUUGAGGCUGAAAAGGCCAAUCACAUAGCUUCAAAAAUGAUUGAAUACAAAGCAGAAGAAGAUCAACAGAUUACAGACAUUAAAAAUAGAGGGCUGUUGCGAAUAGAGGAAGUAAAAACAUUCUUUGAAACUCAGGCUAAAGAAAUGGAAGAAAAAUAUCAAAGCGAAGUGAAAAAACUAGAUAGUGAAUUCACUGAUAAGCUUAAUAAUUUAAAAAUUGCCAAAGAAGGUGAACUGAAGGAGGCUGAAGCUGAGUGGCAAGAGAAAAUCAAAGCAAAUUCCAUACAGCAUGAACUACUUUUUGAGUCUACUACUGCUGAGCACAAGAAAAAUAUGGAUGCUCUUCAAGAAAAAUUCCAAAAAGAGGAACAAGCAUUAAAACAAAGCAAUGCUGAGCAUAAUAACGCUCAGGGACAAAGCAAAAAAGAACCAAAUACCUUGAUUUUAACUAUGGAGUUUGAAAAGGUGAAAUGUGAAAAACGCAUAAUUGAAGACAAGUUUAAAAUGUUGAAGGAGAAAUAUUUGCACUUAAAAAAAGAAAUUGAAAAUGCUGUAGAAAGAAAACUAAAAAACAAGUCUAGGAAAAAGAAAGAAGAACAAAACCUUGGAAAGGAAUUGAAGGCAUAUCAAGAGGAGAAAGAAAAAAGAAAUGAUGAGAAAGAGAACAAUGAUGAAAACCAACUGAGUUUGCCCAAGACACCCACAAAACCAGGUACUCAAAACGAGCCAUCCUCAGAUGACCAGUACACUUCUCUUUCCCUUACACUUCCAAACAUUGAGCACAUCAGCCAUAGUACAAAGAUGAACAAAGUUGAAAGGAAGAAGGUAAAAUUAUUGGAGAAAAAAAAGCUAAGUCGUGGAAAACUACGGUUGGAACAUAGCCGAAAUCGGCCAAGCAGCAUCCUAUGUAAGAUGUCGCACCAAGAGGAAAAGGCACCUGCAAAUUCACAAGGAGAUACAUAUAUUCAUUACACUUUUCAAGGGCAAGGUUGUAGUACUAAAACUGAGAAUGAUUCCUACAUUCAGAAAAUUAUUCAAGAACAAGAGGCAGUUCGCAAUGCUCGAGAAUAUCUACUGCAACAAAAACGUGAAAUUGAUGCGAGGUAUAACAUAAUAAGGAAUAACACUUCAACAAUGCAGGAACUCCAGCAGCAAGACAGAGAUUUAACGGAAAUGGAAGCGUCUCUUUAUAGGACUAAAGCCCUUUUAGGGGAGAAGAUGGUCCAUCUCAGACUCCUUGGACAAACCUUUACCAGAAUAAUCCAAGAUACACCCAACAGCCUUGUUAAAGCUAACAUUCAGAUGGAUAACUCAUUAAUUACCACAAUAAAUACUCUCCCUGCGGUGGCUGAUCUUGUAGGAACUGAUAAGCCGUAUGUCAAUUUUUCCAUAACUAAACCUGAACAACCAAUCCAACGGAUUGCUCCCAGAUCAGAAAUUGAAAGUAAACUUAAAGACAUGCAGAAUUGGCUUGAAAAAACUGCUCCUAAAUGACAUUAAAAUGGUUUAUGACAUACAA